AUGGCCAAUCAACGAGAACUGAACGAUCAGCCUACUGGGGUAGACACAGGGGCCUCGGAUGAUAUCAUUCAACUUUCAGAUAUGGACCAUCUCAUGCCCAAGCUCUACGUACACAUGAUCGAGAUUUUCGAGCUACCAGAGAACAGCACAAAAGACUCCAUCGUCCAAAACCUCACCAGUGGAUUAGAGCGUGCGCUUGCCGAUUACCCCAUCUUGACAGGAACUCUACACUUUGACAAUGAAACCAGUCGCAUCAUUGUAAAAAAGCAGGCAGACUCUUUAUUGGCCCUCAACAUCAAAGAAGCCAGUCCUGAGGACAUACCCUCCUUUGCUUUUCUCGACAAACAUGACUUUCCUGUUCACCUUCUUGACUCACAAAAAGUACUCCCUGCAUCUUUCGUUGGCGCUCAAUUCCCUGUUCCCGCAAGCGACAUCUCUUCUGUCGGUCCAGCAGUCGGAGGUGCACAGAUAACCUUCAUCGAGGGCGGAGUUAUUAUAGGUCUUGCCAUCACACAUCAGGUCUGCGAUGGACCAGGAUUUGAGACUUUCUUGUCAGCUUGGGCGCGAUACUCGUUCGAUGCUGCGAAAGGAGCGUCGAUGAACGGACUGGCCGAGUCUACAGCCGCAAUUCCACCGCGCAGUAUCUUAUCGUUGCAGAACAAACCCAAGCUCAGCUCUGAGGAGACGCAAAAGCUGGGUGACAAGUUCCCCACAAUGAAACUGCGAGAUGGUCCUCCAGCCCCACCACCGGCCGACUUCAAGAUGCCAACUGUGAAGACGCGCAUUUGGCAUUUCCCAAAGAGCAAGCUGCAACUUCUCAAGUCCCAGUGUAGUGCCGGACUCGAGCCCGGGUCCUGGAUCUCGACUUACGAUGCUCUUCUAUCCAUCAUGUGGCGGGCAACAGUGCGAGCCAAAUCAUCACUGCUCAACCCAGAUCCUAAUGCGCCAUCAAAGGCUGUCCAUGCUGUUAAUGGGCGCGGGCGCACCAGCAAUCCAAUCUCAGAACGAUAUAUCGGAACCGCUAUUGCGAUUCCGCAAUCAAAGACCUUGACUAUCGCCGAGGUUCUCGGUGACUUGGAGACAACCUUGCCCAUCUUGGCGCGUGCUGUGCGCGAAAGUAUCAACUCCGUCGACCAGGAGUAUUUAGCAGACCUUGUCAAGUUCGCAGCCGCAUCACCCAACCUCCAAUGGUCAGAGCUGGAUAUGCAGUGGGUGCUGGGUCUCGACUGCAUGGCCUUCGAUUGGCACACAAUGAAGUCUUACCAAAACCACGACUUUGGGUUUGGCAAACCAGCGGCGCUAAGAUGGCCAAACCCUAGCUUCGAGGGCUUCUUUUUCGUGCUUCCGACAAGAGCUGGAGUACGAAAGGAUAGUGAGGAUGAGGGUAUUGAGGUCUGUUUUGGCUUGGAAGAGAGUUGCUUUGCCGAAUUGGAAAAGGACGAGGAGUUUGCAGGAUAUGCUGAACAAAGAGGGUUAGGUGUGUGA